UUCCCUGUAAUGUUAUCCCACAACCCACUAAUGGUUACAUUCACGGUGGAAAUUGGCGGACCGACACGGUAGCAACAUGCGGAUGUGAAGAAAAUUAUAGCAUUAAUGGGUCUGUAACACGUCGUUGCCUGGCUAAUGGAGAGUGGACUGGGUACGAAUGCAGCUGCAUGAUUAAUAGAUGCGAGACGAUUCAACCAUUAGAAAAUGGAAUGAUUAUAAAAAUGAGCGAAUAUACUAUUGGUGGAACACUGGAGUUCUCUUGUAAUGAAGACUAUCGACUAAUAGGAGAAUCAGUUGUGGAAUGCCAAGAAAAUGGAAAUUGGAAUGGAUCUGUUCCAAUUUGUGAAGAUAUCUGUGAAUAUAAUGAAUGUACAGUAAAUCAGAAAUGUGUUGUAGUAGAAGAGCAACCUACAUGCGUUUGCAAGACUACCUCUGACUGCCCACCAGAUGACCAACCAGUUUGUGGAAGUGACGCAAGGACUUAUGGCAAUGCAUGCUUAGUUCAAGUAGUAGCCUGCGAUAGUCAAAGUGACAUUUACAUUGCUCACGCAGGGAAGUGUCAAUACGGUAUGGAUAUAGAACCAAUAUAACAGCAGCUUAACUCA